AUGAGAAACCAUACAUCAUUAACUACAUUCAUACUUCUGGGACUCACCAAUAAUCCUCAAAUGCAGGUUCUGAUUUUUAUAUUUCUGUUUGUCACCUAUACAUUGAGUAUAACUGGGAACCUGAUCAUCAUUAUAAUCACUUUAGUGGAUUAUCACCUUAAAAGUGCCAUGUACUUUUUCCUGAAAAACUUCUCCUUCUUAGAAACUUUAUUCACCACUGCCUAUAUUCCCAGAUUCCUCUAUAGCUUGUCAACUGGAGACAAGACAAUUUCCUAUAAUGCUUGUGUUGCUCAAGUAUUUUUUAUCAGCUUGUUUGGAGCUACAGAAUUUUUCCUUCUGGCCAUCAUGUCCUAUAAUCGCUAUGUAGCUAUCUGCAAGCCCUUGCAUUAUGUGACCAUCAUGAACAGCAAAGCCUGCAGUUGGCUUAUCUGCUGUUGGAUGGCAGGCUUGUUGGUCAUACUACCUCCACUGUGCCUGGGCUUAAACCUGGAAUUCUGUGACUAUAAUGUCAUUGAUCAUUUUCUAUGCCUGUGUUCAGUAGCCCUCAUCUGUGUACCUGUUACCUUUGUAUAUUUGACUAUGGCCAAAUAA